AUGACAACACUGUACUCAAACAAACCCACACUCUCUCUCUCCCUCUCUCUCGUGCCUCCGUUCCUUACUAAACCUAGCCUUUUCUUUUUCUUUCCCUUCCCGAAACCAACACACAGUUUUUUCCUUUUACUCAUUUCCUCUACAAUUUAUCAGCACAAAAAUAGAAAGAUGCACAUGUUAUAAACACCAUUCGUUCCCUCUUUAAGCGUUCUUGUUACUUUAUUUCUCUCUUUAGGGUUUCCUUUACUGCUAUCUAUCUGUACUGGGUUCUCUGAAAACUUUUCCUUCUUUAUCUUUCUGACAAUAAUUGUGGAGAAGAAGAAAAAAAUGGGGAGAGGUAGGGUUGAGCUGAGGCGUAUCGAGAACAAAAUCAGCCGUCAAGUGACGUUUUCAAAGAGACGAAGUGGACUGUUCAAGAAAGCUCAAGAAAUCUCCGUGCUUUGUGAUGCUCAAGUUGCUGUGAUCAUCUUCUCCAACAAAGGCAAGCUCUAUGAUUGGUCCUCUGAUUCCAGCUUGGAUGGCAUUCUGGAACAGUAUGAGAGGCAAAUGCACACUGAACAACUUGCUGAAGCUGACAACGAAUCGAAGGGAAACUUGUCCUUGGAGUUCUACAAACUAACAACUAAGGCUAAAAUCUUGGAGAAGAACAUAAGGAACUACGGAGGACAUGAUCUUGAGGUCAUGGGAUUGAGAGAGCUUCAGAACUUGGAGCAACAGAUCGACACAGCUAUAAAGCGUAUUCGAACCAGAAAGAACCAACUGAUGAAUGAGUCCAUCUCGGAGCAUCAGAAGAAGGCAAGGGCAUUGCAGGAGCAAAACAACUUGCUAGCAAAGAAGGUGAAGGACAAAGAGAAGACACUGGCUGAAAAUCCAGAGAAGGAGAAGUACCGUCAGGGACAUAAUUUACAAGCCUUCAAAGUACCUUUGCCACAGCUACAGCUUCCUACACUAACACUCGGUGCGAGUUUACAAGGAAGAGGAUCAGAAGAGGAAGAAGAGAUUGAAGCUCGGACUCAAGCCAGAAGAAGUAAUAUCAUAAUGCCACCAUGGAUGCUGCGUCAUUUGAUCAGAUAAAUUAUGAAGUGCUUCUGUAUUACUCUUGUUUUUAAGUAAUUUAUGACUCUAAUUAAUGCAUGCUCUUGCUGAAGGCAUGCACCAAUCAACUUUAAUUGAUAUAUAUCCCCAUGUUCUAAGUACAUUUAACUGCUUCA